AUGGGAAAUCACCGCAGUAGGAGAUUCCUUGACUGGAAAUCCCCGUUUAGCUCUGCGCCUUUAAAUAAUGAGAGGAAGCAGGCGCCUACAUACGCAAGCCGAGACUUCUUUCCUAAAGGAGCAAGUUCAGUGCUGAUCUCGGACUCAACAACAAGCCAAGAGCUAGUCGACAAGACAGUUGUGUGGACUGAACUGCAACGCACUAGUCAAACUGGUGUAGAUCCGGAGUGGGGACCCAGUCGGGUUCGAGAGUCAGACUUCCUCAUCCGGGAAAUUCCAUUCCGCUUGGUUUCGGAGUUAAACUGGACCCUGAUUCAGGAUUUGCACGACAAAUAUUGUCCGGUUCUAAUUCUUCUGGUGAAUUUGAAAAUGACUGGAAAAGGCACCCAUUUGUCUUCAGCAUUUUAUUUUGAAGAGGAUGACAGACAGGAUGGCAUCAGUGAGAAUGACAUUUGUUGUGAAGGAUAUCUUUUAAAAUCUCCACCAAACAGUCAGAUUGGAAUACAAACAUCGUGGAAAAAAAGAUACUUUGUGUUGACAAAAAAGAAAGGUGAACCCAUCUUGAAUUACUUCAGAUACCAAGAACAGAGUAGAAGAUCACAGCCACUUGGAAAGAUACAUAUAAAAAAAACCAUAGAGAUAUGCAGUAGACCAGACAACCAUCCAAAAUGGAAUAUAAUUCAAAGGAUGUUUAAAUGCAUCUCAGAGUCUGUCAUUUUACUGAAGACAGAAGAAAGGGAUUACUUUUUUAUUGGAGAAAUAGAGCCCAUCCAAUUAUGGCGAGGCACAAUUGAAAAUUUACUUCACAUGAAGACAAUGCCACAGUCUGAGGAACAAGACCAGGAUAGUUUUGGAAAACUUGCAAAAACUGAGCAGCACCAACAACCAGGAAACAAAUCUGAUCCAAUUUAUGCUACAAUUCCAGAAUUAUCAGUGCAGAAUGACAAGAGAAAAACUGAAGGGAUUAAUCCAGAGCCACAUUUUGAAUCUCCUUCAUCAGAAAAGACCAAGAACAUUUAUGAUAUUCCCAGAGCGACACAUAACAGGUUGUCACAGCCCAAUCAAUGCCCAAUUAAAACAGAAAAGCUACGCACUUGUUCACUGCCUACAGAAUUUAAGUGUGACUCAGCUAUUUAUGAUACACCAAGAAGCAUUCUUACAGCUCAGUGGAAAAGAGUGAGGACAGCGUCUAGCGAUUCUGGAAUCUACAUGUCCAUGGCUUCAAUUAGAGACAGUACCAGCACAAAUUCAUCUUUUGACUGUUCAGAACAGAUAGACGAAAAAGAAGAACAUUUUAUCAAUGAAACCAACAAUGUUAUAGAAGAAACAAAGCUGGCAAAAUUGGAUGUUACGGUUUUUCGAGAUUAUAUCAAAAAUAAUCUGUCAUUUCAACAAGUAAAUGAGAGAGUCUGUGUCAUGUCUUUGGAUAAGAAGUGUCCUUUUAAUUUUGGAGAUCAAAUCUUGGCAAUCAACAAACUUAAGAUCAAUGACAUAAAGGAAUUCAACACACUUGUCAACAAAUCGUUGGAAGAGGAGGUGACAGUCACUAUAUUGCGACUACCUGAAGCACCGAAAUUUGACAGUGAAGAGCGUAAAUGAGAUAAAUGAAAAAUGAAGGAAACCAAUAAAAUGGUUGUAAUUUACAUUCAGUACAAUCAAAGCGCUAAUGGUGCUGGAACUAUCACCGGUUAGCAUUGAUCAUGCCGAGUCAUCUAGCAACAGUUCAUCAGUAUUUGUUUUUAUCUUCCUUCUCAACCUUCAUUCUUUAAAUCAUUAAUGAUUGGUGUUGAAGAGAUCUGGGAAUCUUAAUGGCCCUUUCAUUUAAGUGGUUGAAGUGCAUAAAAACCUAGCACAGGUUCACCACCUCAGCCAUCUUAAGCAUGCUGGCAUUUCCUUUAUUAUCCCUAGACAAAUGCUGAGAUCAAAUAUAAUACAGUCUUCAUUAACAUUUAACAACCUGCUGUGAUUUUAUAGGCAUAACAGUAAAGUGUCCUAUUUAGCCAGCUGUGUUUUUUUUAAAGAUGAAAUCCCUGUGCAUUGUGAUUUACUAAAAGGCAAUUUAAUUAUUGAAAUGCAAAUUUUGAAGCUUUUAGUGAGCAUUAAGCACAUACAUACAUACAAAUCCAUUGUAAAGUGCUUGGUGUGUAUGCUGGAUAUUUUUUGCUGCUUAUACUAGAGGACAACACAAAAAGAUGUAUUAACAUUAUUGCUGCUGCCAAAAUUUGUCCUUCAUUUGUAAGACAAUUAAUGCCACUACCAACAUGCACUUUAUACUAAUCCUCCUUAUGCCAAUGUUACGAAAUAAUAAUAUUCAUUGUAGUGAGUUUAGGUACAAUUAAUAGUCACUAUCUUACACAGAUGCAUUUAAAUUAAGAUUAGUUGAUAAGUAUUUUUUAAUAAUUAUAUUCAAAUUUAAUGCAGAAUAGAAUUAGUACUUGAAUUGAUGUAGCUAAAUUGAAGAUUAAUUUUGCUGUGUUAUACUAUAAUUUUCAUGUCAUAUUUAAAUUGCUGUAGCUUAAAAUAGUUAGAAAACACAAGGUGUAAUACAUGCACUGUUCUGCCUCUUCAGUUGCUCAAUAACUGCUUGAGAUUCUUUGGUACUGACACUGUGAACACAAGGAAAGUUCCACUCUCCAGAAUUGACACCCCACACCUUGAUAAGCACCAAAAUUCUCUGUGCACCUUCUCAAAAUUUAUAAAUUUAACAAGCAGUUAAGCUUUUCAGUUAACUAGUAAAUCACCAGUAUUGAAUUCUUUAAAUGUUUCUUCUUUUUGUAUCUGGAGCACAUAAUCCAGGCAGACACUUUGGUAAAGCACUGAGGAAGAGCUGCAUUGUUGAAGGUGCCAUUGUUGAGAUGAGAUGUUGAACCAAUUGCCGUGUUGGGUGCACAUUAAAAGGCCACAUGGCAAUAUUUGAGGUCGGUUGAGGUAGUUCUCUGUCCUGGCCAAUAUUCAUUCCUCAACCAAAAAUCACUCCAACAGGUUAUUUGGUCGUUUAUCUCAUUGUUGUUUGUAAGAUUUUGCCAUGCACAAAUUGGGCACUGUGCUUCCCUGUAACAUUGACUCCACUUUGAAAGAGCAUCAUUGGCUGUGAAUAUCUUUGUAAAAUCCUGAGGCCAUGAAAGGCGCUAUUUAAAUUGAAAUUCUUUACCUUUUAAAAUUCCAUUAUAAUCAAAGCAGCAUCUCAAAGUACUAAAUUAAAAGAACACAGUGUUAAUAUCACUUUAUAAUUCUUCUGAGCAAGAAAUAUUACUUGAAAAUAUGAAAUGUAUAUGACACUAAGCUUAUAGCAUUAAUGGUAAAAUUGCAAUUGUUUUCUGCAAAUAACAUUAUAGUGACUCAGUUGGAUUGAGAUGUAACUAUUGUAACUUGUAAGCAAGUAUUGUAAAUUGUACCAAUGAAUCCAUAGAAUUUUAAAGGAUGGGUUCAAUGUGAGCAUUCAGGAAAUGCAACUACUGUAUAUUAUAUUUAAUAGCAUUUAUAUUGAUAAAACAGAGCAGCAUUAGAAUAUGUUUUCAAGAAGGACGCCCUUUGUGAAAAUAAAAAAAAAUCUGACAAA